AUGGAUAUUCCAUCUACAUCAGGCAAAAGCAAUAAUACCUUUGAUGACAGCGAUGUCUCUAGUAUUGAUGAUCCAUAUGCAGAUUCAGGGUCCAGUUACAAUCCUUCUGAUAUAGAAGAAUCGUCAAGUGAAAAAAAGUACAGGUAUCUUAUUAUUAUUAUAAUCGUUUGCGAGAAACUAAUAAACUUUGUUUUAGGUGAAAAUGAAAAGGUGUUGGUGACUGAUGAGAAUUUACAAAGCAAUUUUCAGUCCAACGAUAUUGCGAAUCCUGGAGAAAUUCUCAGAAGGAAGAAACGUGGUCCUAGGCGCAAAUUUGCAAAUAAAAAACGUGAAACUAUUUUUAAAGAUUUUUAUGAACUCACCAAUUAUGACUUACAGACAUCUUACUUAUGUGGCCAAAUCAAACUUACUUCAAAAUUAGCCAAUACUGCUAAAAGUGACUCCAGAAAAUACACAAGACAAUAUUAUUUGACAAGAGAAACAGGGCUAGAUAUUCCAGUUUGCAAGGAGUUUUUUAAAAAAGUCUUGAGAGUUUUAGAUGGUCGACUUACACGUGCUUUGCGUAACAAGGAGCAAGGUAGUACACCUUCUAAGGAUAAACGAGGAAAAAAGGAGCCUCAUAAUAAAACAAGUCAGGAGAAACUUGACAAUAUUUUUCAUUUUAUUUCGAGGUUCCCAAAAUAUCAGUCACAUUAUUCUAGAACAAAAAAUCCAAAUCUUUGUUACUUGGCUCCCACUUUAAAUCUGUCAACUAUGUAUUUCUUAUACAAACAAGAAACAAAUGCUCCUGCGUCACAAUUUGUUUUUAGGGAUGUUUUCAGAAAAAAAUUUAAUUUAACUUUUCAUGCACCUAUAUCUGACAGUUGUAGAUGUGACGAAUUUGAACAAAAAAUAAAAACAGAAACUUCUGAAGUUAGUUUAGCAAGUUUACAGUUAGAAAAAGAAUUGCAUCUUCGAAAGGCCGAAAGCGCACGUGCUGGGAUGGCAUUGGAUUUGGAAUUGGGUAAAAUGGCUGAAAACGAUGUCACCGUAAUAGCGUUUGAUCUCAUGUCUACAUUACCUACUCCUCAUCUUUCAACUGGGAUAUGUUACUACAAAAGACAGUUGUGGACAUACUGUUUAGGUAUCCACAACUUGUCAAGCAAUCUGGCCCAUAUGUACGUUUGGCAUGAAGCCAUAGCAUCUAGAGGACCUCAAGAAAUUGGAUCUUGUAUACAGCAUUAUGUGAAAAACUAUGUUAACACGUCAAAAUUAAUUAUGUAUAGUGACCAAUGCGGAGGGCAGAAUAGGAAUAUUCUGUUUGGUAAUUACAUUAUACAAAACAAGAUAUCAAAAGUCCAACAAAUUGACCAUAAAUUUUUGGUGUCGGGGCAUCCAUAUCUAGCCUGUGACCGUUACUUUGGGAUCAUAGAGAAGAACAAGAAAACUUUUAAUGAUAUUUAUGUAGCCAGCGAUUGGACCAGAGUGAUUAGGACAGCCAAAAAACAAAAACCAUUCACAGUAGUAGAAAUGACCAGCAACGAUUUCGUGAGUAGUGUUCCAUUAGAGAAAACCAUUACUAACCGUAAAAAGACUGUCGAGGGUGAAUCGGUCAACUGGUUAAAAAUGCAAUGGUUGCGGUACUCUUUAACCGAACCAUUACAAUUACAAUAUAAAGAAUCUAACAAUCCGAAUGUUAUUUUUAAACAUAUAGAUAUUACGAAGCGCAAUAUAUCUAUGUUUAUUGGAAAACUUCCACUUUUAUACCCAAAAGGCAGAGACAUUGAAGCAGCUAAAUUUAGCAAUUUACAAGAUUUGUUGGUGCCUAAAGUAGAUACAUGCUCCACAUGUGAUAGUUUGGCUGUUCAAAUAAAAUCAGGAGAUAAAGCUGCUGCAACAGAACAGGAGCUUCACCAUCGGAGAGCAGAGGCUGCUACAAAAGCAAUGUCAACUGAGACCAAAAAUGCAUAUACAAGUAAUUGCUAUGUUCUUUCCUUCGAUAUGCAGCAGCAAAUGUACAUUCCCCAAUUAACUCACUCCGAAAUGUACUAUUCACAAUAG